GGCAUUGGCAUAGAUAGGUAACCCUGACUUUGGAUUUGGAAUAGGACGGAACAGGCCGUAACUUAACUUGUUUGUUGGGAACUUGACCUAUCCAAGAGACGAAUAUCAUAUACCACACCAAUUCAUAUAAACCCUCAUUUCUUCUUUCGUUCUUUUGCAUUGUUGUUCCCUUCUUCCCCGUUCAAUCCUAACCGAACCCUAUCUUGUGUGGAAUUGAAUUGAAUAGAAUAGAAUUGAUAUUAUUAUUUGGGGGAAGAGAAAGAUAGAAUAAGAAGAAGAAGAAGAAGAAAAGCGGGCACAAUUGUUGCAAUUGAACGAUGUCUGCUGCGGUGUGCGGAAGCAAGAGAUCUUUGUUCGAAGAGCUUCCACCUUCCCCGCCAGUAUCCAAGAGGCUCCGCUGUUCAUCUUCCCCAAUUCGCCUCUCUCUUCCUUCCCUCGUCGAUCACCUUCGCCCUCUCUUCCCUCAUAUGGAUGAUCAGAUCCUCGAGAAAGCCCUCCAAGAAUGUGGUAAUGACCUAGAUGCUGCCAUCAAGAGCCUCCACGGCCUCCGUCUGGGAUCUACCGAUGAUAAUUCUCAAGCUGCUCCUCAACCCCACCCUGACACAGGAGCUUUGGAAGAGAAUGGGGAUGCUGCAUCUGCUUCUGGGGGUCAGCCGGCUGCAGACAACUUUCCUGCUGAUGGAGCUGAGUGGAUUGACUUGUUUGUCAGAGAGAUGACAUGUGCUACCAGCGUUGAUGAUGCCAGAGCUCGAGCUGCUAGACUGCUAGAGGUUUUAGAAAAAUCUAUUAGUGCACACGCCAGUUCUGGGGCAACAACUGCCCUUCAAAGGGAAAAUUUGAUGCUGAAGGAGCAAAUUGAAGCCCUGACUAAGGAGAAAAAUUGUUUUAAAAGUGCUUUUAGAAUCCAGCUUGAACGCCUUUCGGAUUACGAUAGUAAAACCCAAGAGUUGCAGCAGUUGAAGCAGUUGGUGUCUCAAUAUCAGGAGCAGAUCAGAACUCUUGAGGUGAAUAACUAUGCUUUGCGGAUGCAUUUGAAUCAGGCACAACAGUACAACUCUUUUCCUGGGCGUUUCCCUCCUGAUGCCUUCUAUAGCGAUCUGUCAAGGAAUGGUAACUAUUCCCACAGUUCGGGGGUGAUUUGGAUAGAAUUUGACACUAUAGAUGAGAGUAUUCGUCAGUUAAUUCAACUAUUUAUCACUACUUUAGCAUCGAGAUUUGAGUGUACUGUAAUUACUAUGAAUGCUAAGAUCACUUGAUGUACCACCACAACAGUUUACUGCCAAUUAUGUUUUAAAUUGAGUUUACUAUUUUCGAUUA